UGGAUGUACAAAUGUUGAUGUACUACGUACAACUGGUUCAAGGUACACUUCAUGUUUGUUGAAUUAUGGACAAAAUGUUCAGAAGGGAACAGCAAAAAAGGAAACUCAACAAACGUUUUAAUACAAAAUUAAUAAAUAAUAAAAUCAGCCUUUUUUUCUUAGUACAUAUACUUUUUAAUUUGUAAACGUUUUAAUAUAAAAAAUAAAGACUUUCUACAUAUUUAAACUAUUUAAUUCCAGUAUUCCAGUAUUCUUCAUCUUCACAAACUCUCUAAAAAUAAUGGAGAAUCGCUUCAAAUCACAGGUCUCUAAAAUCUUUCAAUCUACUUUCAAUUCUUGCCGGCCGAAAAACAACUCCGACGUCUCCGACCGCCACUUAUCCUUCCUGAAAACGCCCCACCACCGCCGCCUCAUCGACCUUUUCUCACCAAAACCACAACCACUUUCUUCAACCUCCUGUAACCUCAAACCCCAUCUUUCCCGGCUCGGAACCACACCUUAUCCGGCGAACACAGACCGGCAUACACCACAUUCCGUUUCUCCUCUUCACGAAAAAACCUCCAAAAGAGGACGUAAAAAGAAACCCCAUCACCGGAAAAGAAGAAACAUUGCAAGUUUUUCGUCACUCACAGAUAACUAUUACAAUAAUUGGUGGAGUAGCGACGAAGGUGAUAAAAGCAACGGUGAAAACACUCUGUUUUCCCGUCGAUCUUUCUCUUCUGAAUCAUUAGAAUCACUUCGUAAAACCAGAGGUAAAAGGAGCGGUAGCGGCGUUGGUGGGUGUAACGAUCGGGGAGCGACGGAUGUGGUGGCUGUGGCGAAAGAAUCGAGUGAUCCACAUGAAGAUUUUAGGGCUUCAAUGGUGGAUAUGAUUGUGGAAAGGGGAAUUUUUAGAGUUGAAGAACUUGAAAAGUUGGUGGAAUGUUUUCUUUCGUUAAAUUCUGAAGAGAAUCACAAGGUUAUUUUUGAGGUUUUUGCAGAGAUUUGGGAGACUUUGAUUUCUAAAUCUGAUUUGUGCAAGAAUGACUGAGUUUUCAAACCAUUGUAGUUGUAAAUUUAAUUACGAGAAGAAGGACUAAAGUUUCUGAAAGAUGAUUAUGGUGAUUAUUGUAAUUAUGGUUUCGUUGUAAA